AUGACACUUCGUCCUUCCUCUGUUCCACAGCGUGUCCCCCUGCCGUCUCCUCCUGCGUCCUCUCUUCCGCACGUUCCGGACCCUGAGUUUGACUUUAUUCAUGCUGCCAGCCCUACUAUCACGUGUCUCCUAGCCACUGUUGUCACUGACCCUUCGUUUGAGUCUACUGCUACGGCUGCCUUAGUUGUUGAGCUUGUUGACUUUGCUGCUGCGUGUCGUCUCGACUACGCCGCUAGUCUUGUUGCUGAGUCUGAGUCUGUUUGUCCUCCGUCCGUCGGGGGUGAGUGUGCUCUCGGCACGGACGUCCUUGAGGACAGGCAGGAGGACUUUGAGUGUCUUGCAGCUGCUUUACGUCAUCUCAUGGCCAUGCUGCUUGCACCUGAGGGAGACCCGGAUGCACCAGACAUCCUGAUCGCGCGCUCUUACGCAGAGGUGAUUAUGGGUCCGUACUCCACUCAGUGGCAGACAGCCAUGUGCGCAGAGAUGGCAUCCUGGAAGUCCACAGACACUUACGUCGACGCAGUUCCCCCUCCUGGGGCGAACAUAGUCGAUGGCAUGUGGAUCUUCAGGGUGAAGCGGCCGCCGGGUUUUCCGCCUGUCUUCAAGGCUCGUUACGCUGAACGAGGCUUUAUUCAGCGACAGAGAGUUUACUUCUUCCAGACCUUCUCCCCUACCCCGAAGAUGGCCACUCUUCGGGUGCUGCUGCACGUUGCCGCUCAACGUGACUACGAGCUUCACUCUCUUGACUUCAGCACUGCUUUUUUACAGGGCAGCCUGCACGAGGAGAUCUGGCUGCGCCGCCCACUUGGCUUCACUGGGUCGUUUCCUGUAGGUACCCAGUGGAGCCUCCGGCGGCCAGUCUACGGUCUCCGCCAGGCGCCUCGCGAGUGGCACGACACACUGAGGACGACACUUGCGGCUCUUAGGUUUGCUCCUUCGACUGCUGACCCGUCGCUGUUUCUGCGCACCGACACUUCGCUGCCGCCGUUCUACAUUCUCGUCAUAGGAUAA